GCGGAGGGAUCCAGAAAGCAGCAGAGGACUCGCUGCUUGCUGCCGAGAGCAGAGCUACUCUGUCAUUAUGGCACACAAACGCUGAACUGCGAGGACCUUUCUGCUUGGCAACAAUUCUCAAAGCAAAUGUUAACUUUCGGAUAGCACACUUUGCUAGACUUUAGGAGCUAGCUUCCAGUGGACCUGCUGGUGUUCUGCGGCGAAAAUAGCACAGAAUAUAAAAGAAAAAAAUCCGAAAAUGUCGUCUCCAAGUCCGGGUAAGAGGCGAAUGGAUACCGACGUGGUGAAACUCAUUGAGAGCAAGCACGAAGUCACUAUCCUCAGUGGACUCAAUGAAUUCGUAGUCAAGUUUUUUGGACCACAAGGAACGCCGUACGAGGGCGGCGUGUGGAAGGUGCGAGUAGAUCUUCCUGACAAAUACCCCUUCAAAUCACCAUCAAUAGGAUUCAUGAACAAGAUAUUUCAUCCCAACAUUGAUGAAGCGUCAGGGACAGUGUGCUUAGAUGUCAUCAACCAGACGUGGACGGCCCUUUACGAUCUGACCAACAUCUUUGAGUCGUUCCUGCCCCAGCUCCUAGCUUACCCAAACCCCAUCGACCCCCUGAAUGGCGACGCCGCUGCCAUGUACCUCCACCGGCCAGAGGAGUACAAACAGAAGAUCAAAGAGUACAUCCAGAAAUAUGCAACAGAGGAGGCUCUAAAGGAACAAGAAGAAGGGGCCGGCGACUCUUCGUCCGAAAGCUCCAUGUCGGAUUUCUCGGAAGAUGAGGCCCAGGACAUGGAGUUGUAGUGAUUGGACUCCUCCCCCAUCCACCCCACUUCCUUUCAGCCCCACAGAGACUAUAUUUGAUUUCCUAACCGUGACAAAGCAGACUAUAAUAUUCAUAUUUAAAGAAGCUGAUUUUUUUUUUUUUUUUUUUUCUGUUACUAUUAAACAAGGAUUUUUAUGGCUGAUGAGCCUUUGGUGUGUUUGACGAACACCUGCUCCCGUCCGUAGCUGUUCCCGCCCUCACACGUCUCGUCGCAGCUUUCACAUACACCCCCCCCAUCCCUCUGGCACCUGCAUUUUUAAGUGGUCAGGGGGUCUCCCUGCAAACAUCUCAUUUUCUCACUCAGCUCUGGCUUUUUGAAGCGGAAUUAGUCACUUUGACCCAGGCCUUAAUUUCACAUCGUUUUCCACGUGCACGUCGAUUCUGGACAAUGUUUUCAGCUGGACCACAACCUGACGGGCGUCAGGGGUUUAAGGUGCACAAAUCUCACAGCA